AAACUGGUGAACCACGCAAAGCAUACUAGCAACGAAGCAAUAUUGCAAACGAGUAAACUUACCAAAUUGCGAUCUUGCAAAAGAGCGAUCUUGCAAAGAAAACUUCCGGACCAUGCUUUCAUGCGACACGCUUAAGCGAACAAUUCAGGCAGUCCCACUCCUCGGGGAGGAACAUAGCUAAACCCGCUUUUGUGAAACCCCUUUCCUACCUCUUGACCGACGGUGACACUCCAUUUGCACACAGCAGGUCGGCCAAGGGGACCCGUCUACACACUGUCUAGCGAAAAGGCAAAGAAUAAAUAAUAUAAAAAUAAAAAACAAAAAACAGGAAAACGUGCGACAAGCUUCAAAUCUUUGUAGCCCACAUUUGAAACACUCCACUCCCUUGAUGAUACGAAGCCCUCGCUGUAGAGAGGCAGAGGGGAGCGCGCCACACUUUUUUAUGUACAACGUUGGUAGCUAGCUAAUUGGAAGUUUUGCCUGACCUGUGCAGGAAAGAUGCAGGAAAACGUAAGGACAAAAAUAAAUGAUGCCAAGUCGUGCCUAAUGGGCUUCUUGGGGAGUACCAAAGCGGCAAGUGUUCUGCAGGAGGAGCCUGACCAGAAAAUUUUGGACAAAUCGAAAGAGGAUGUAGAAAAGGCGGACGUGAGUAGCUUGAGUGAAAAGCCGAGUGGAAAGGGCCAAGACGAUUCACUGCCUGCCUCUGCUAACCAAGAUUCGGACGUUUUGAAAAAAAGGAAAACGGGAACGGUGCUGAGCAGGCGAAGUGACAACUGUGAGGCAUCCAAAGGGGAAAGCAAGGCAGAAGAUAGCGUUGCAAAGUCCUCCGGAGGGAGUGAAGACGCAGGAAAGCAAGAAUGCCAAACAGACGCAAAGGAAAAGGAAGAAUUGGAAAAGGAGUGCUCCACAUCAGAAAAAAAAAAAAAACGAAACAACCUCUCGGACGUGGAGUACAUAGAAAGUCUGAAGAGCGAAAUUGAUGAGAAACGAGACGGACAGCCUAUCCAAAAAUAUGAGAGCAAGCUGAACCCAGUGGCCCCCGAGUUCAAGCCGCAGAACUCGCUCUACGUGUAUCAGAAGAUGCAGCAACACACGACGAAAAACCUAAUCAUGCUCAUAAAAUCCUUCGGGUACCAGGGAAUCAAGAUGGAGAAAAUUUCGGGGGAGUACUGCAAGAAGUACAACGCCCUCCUGAACUUGAGGCAGGCGGGCUUCAGCAACAUCUACAACAUGGUCAGGAGCCUGGACCGCUGCCUGAUUUGCGAGGAGGUGGAAAAAGAGGAGAAGGAGGAGGAGAAAGCGGGGAAAGCGGGGAAAGCGGGGAAAGCGGGGAAAGCGGGGAAAGCGGAGAAAGAGGCGGGGAAUGCUGCGUCGAAUGCUGCGUCGAAGUCUGCGUCGAAUGCUGCGUCGAAUGCUGCGUCGAAUGCUGCGUCGAAUGCUGCGUCGAAUGCUGCGUCGAAUGAACCGGAACGCCCAGCGCACGACUCGGAAAAAAACCUAGUCAUAAAAUAUAAAACGCCAAAGAUGAACCAAGACAAGCAGUUCUUCCUAAAAGUGAUUCUGGGCACGAUAGGAGAAUGCACCAACUACGAUUCUCAGUUGACGGAGGAAGAAACGCCAGCGAAUGGUAGCGUCUCCUUGACGAAGCUGCAGCAGGAGGUGAAGAAGCUCUUCGGGUCCUCUUUCAAUUUAAAAAUCUUGCAAACCAGAUGUGGAAUUGAAAAACUCCAAGCCUUUCUAGAAGAGGUUCAAGAAAUUCAAAUUCUGUCUCUUCCUAAUGAUGUGAAACUUAGAAUCACUCCGCUAACUUAUGGUCAUAAGAUUCCUGACUUGAAGUCGAUAAGGUCGUUACCGAGCAAUGAGUUCAAAGUUAAUGCACCCUCUAAAAUGGGUAGCAAAAAAGGCCCCGUCUCGACACAGUUCAAUGAUCACGAUUUUAGGUUGAAUUCGUUCAACGCGGGAGACAAUAGUAUCAUCCUUAGUGCACUCAACAGCAGGGACAGAGGAUCGCUUAGCAAUGCACAGCUGGGGAGUGUUCUCACUGGGGGAAACGCCCCUAGGAAGAAGAAGUCUAAUUCCAGUGGCAGUUUCGCGUUGCCCGCGUCCAAGUCGCAUGAGCGCAUCUGGAAGGGCGUUAGCGUACUGCGAAGUGGUGGUAGCGUACUUCGAAGCGGUGGGAGCGUACUUCGAAGCGGUGGGAGCGUACUUCGAAGCGGUGGGAGCGUACUUCGAAGCGGUGGGAGCGUACUUCGAAGCGAUGGGAACCUGCUUCACAGCGGUGGCAGCCUCCUUCAUGGCGCCCCCCCCAACAACGUGCCCGGCGACGGAGACAGCGAGGCGGCUUUCCAAAUCAACGGGAGCUUCACCCAGGAGCCCUGCUCCAAUUUGCUGUGCAAGCUGAACAGCCAGGGUUGCCAGGGAAGCCACGGUUGCCACGGCAUGCACUCGGGCGAAUGGGCAGGCGGCCCUGGCCAGAAGCACCUUUCAAAGCAGCACUCCAAGCAGUACUCCAAGCAGCACUCAAACGGGAGCCGCGACUUGAGCCGCCACCCGAGCCAACACCCCUUCGUCAAAAUGCUCACGAAGACGCAACUGCACAUUCUGCUGUACCAGCUGGUAGUUGCCCUCACGGAGAGGCAGAAGAUGGAGUGGGACGAAAUAAAAAAAAUCAAAGAGGAGCUCCUCCACCAGAGCAGUAGCAAGACAUACGAAGAUGAGAACUUGGGAGGGUGCGUGGAUAAAGAAGAGGAGGAGGGAAGCGGCAAGAAAGAGAGUAACAGCGCAAAGGAGAGUAACAGCGCAAAGGAGAGUAACAGCGCAAAGGAGAGUAACAGCGCAAAGGAGAGUAACAGCGCAAAGGAGGGAAGCACCCCAAAGGAGGGAAGCACCCCAAAGGAGAGUAGCACCCCAAAGGAGAGUAGCGCCCCAAAGGAGGGAGUCGCAUCCAGGGAAGGGCCGAAGGAGGCCCAGACGGGGGGCGACACAGGAGAGGAGCAACAAAACAACGCAACGACAAACACGUCCGAUUUUCUGCCUUUAAUUUUCACCACCCAAGAAACGGCGAAGGAGGGUACAUCGGACGAGACACCAUCUGGAGAGUGUCCGAAGGAUCCUCUAACGACUUCGCUUGAGAAAGGCACAGAUGAAGAAGCCUCUCGAAACUUCAUCGGCGUGUUUGUCUCCUCCAUUAAGAGUGAAUGGAACAAGGCCUACUCGGAGCAGUACCCUUUGAGCUUUUAUUUAAGCCACUACAAGGCAAAGAAGCUGAGGAGACUUCUGGAGGAAAUCCCUAACCUUGUGAUUGCCGGGUGCAGUAGGAGCAUACAGGUCUUUACCCUAGACACUGCUCAACAUUUCUAUGACAAUUUUUCUUCCGAGGAGCUUUCUAGCUUGAAGACCUUCGCCCGCUCCAAGUUCACCCCCAUCAGCGCCUCGCACUACUUCAAGGACGCCACGUACAAGGACGUCGCCGAGGAAUUCGCCAGAGGGGACUGCUCAAAAAUGAUGAAGGUGCUGGGGCUGGACCACCUCAAGCCGCCCCGCUCGACCGUCAGCAAGAGCUACGAGCAAAUUAUGAGCAAGAGCAAGUCCAGGAAAAACCGCAGCAGCAACCACGUGGGCAGCUUCAUCAACUGCGGGAGCACAUUUUUCGGAAGCCCAAGUGGGGACAGACACGCCACGCAGUACCUCCCGAAUGGGGGGGGUGCCUAUCUACAGGGUGAAGAGGGGGCCUUCCUUCAGGGCACGCCGCUCCUACAGAGUGAGGGAGGCCCCUUCCUCCAGGGCACGCCGCUCCUACAGAGUGAGGGAGGCCCAUUCCUCCAGGGCACGCCGCUCCUACAGAGUGAGGGAGGCCCAUUCCUCCACGGCGCGCCGCUCCUACAGAGCAGCGGAGAGCAGAGCAACCUGGAAGUGCUGCGGUACCACCUGCACAAGCUCCUCUACAAUCUAGUGAUCCACGUAUGCAAGAAUCAAAAUGUCCUGCACCUAGCGCACAAGAAAAGUGGAGUGAUUCUAAGCGAAUAUGAAAUGAACAAGCAGAUGUGCGGCCCGAUCUACUACUCAUCCGACUUAACAUAUGAAGAUUUCAUAACAGAGAGACAGAGCUUCUUUCAAAAGGAGCGAGUCUCCAAGACUCUCUUCCUCCUCUCUCAACAUGGGAUCUACGGGAUCAAAUUCAUACACCUCACGAAUGCGUGGUAUAAACUCUACAAGUGCGAGCUCAGACCCCUCAUGCGCAUAUGCAAGUACAACGCAAUUGGGAAAAUGAUUUGCAGCAUGCCCAAUGUGCUCGUCGUGGGCGAGGGCUUCGACACCAAGUACAUUCCCAGCAUGGAGCCCGACGGGGAGCGAAACCGCUUGGACGACUUUGCAGCCGGCAGCCUCGCCAAAGUCAUCUCCGACAACUUCCCGCAACCCCGAGCAGCCGCGCAGACGCAGAAGAGUGGGCCCUAUGAAAGCAUCAUGGAGGUCCUCUUUCCAAGCAUAGCAUCCCAGAGGAGUACAAAUUUGCACAAAAGCCACAGUGGGAGUGCCCCCUUUUUCAGGGACAACCUGGGCGCCUACGGAAAGGACUCGUCCGGGUUCUUCGGCGCUCCCAGCCACUGCGCCUCCAAGGGGGACAUCAAUUUGAGCAGCCUAUUCAGAAAUUUGUAGCGCCGCUUAUGCGGUGAGUAAAUCGCGGCGAGUUUACCUCUUCUAUUUUUUGCCCGCCUUUUUGCCCGCCUUUUUGCCUUCCUUUUUCGCCCCCCUUUUGGCUCGUCGGCCAGAACAACUCCACCCUCAUGUAGAACACUCUGCAGAAAGAC